AUCAAGCGCCCUUCGUCUCCAUCCUUCCCCACCACACAGUCCAGUGACCGCUCGCUGCUGUGCCUUGUGCUGACACUGUAACAGGAGUCUGCAGACUUACACGUUCGACUGGUCGAAUCACAGGUUACAAGAGGCGACCGCUGCGGUAACUAUCUAUCAGCGCGACCGUCAUAACCUGAGGGUCAUCCUCUCGUAUCCUAUCACCCUUCCCCAACCUCAACAUUCUUAUCCCACUGCAACAUCUUCCUGCCAAUCAUUUGCCUUGACCGCUACUGUUAAUUCUGGUUGGCUGGUUCCUGGCAUCUAACGAUCGCAAGUCAGAAUAGACGCUGCACUGUCGUCGUAACUUCACCAUGGAGUAUCCUCCGCAAUAUCAGCAGCCUCACGGGCAACAUCCACAUGCCUCAUCCCAUAUCACCGCCCCAUACCAGACAGGACCGCAAAACGCAGGGUCGGCUGUGGGGUCGAUGAGCUCUCCAACCAACCCUCAGGCACAUAUGCAACAGGGACAUCCUACCCAUCAAGCCUCCCCUGUUGUUCCAUCACAAUCGCAUUACCAACAGACGCAAAGCACACCAGGACAGGUACACCAACAGAUGAAUUUUCCGCAAUCCUACGGGGUCGCACCUGCUAUGCCACAAACAUAUGGUAUUUCUCCCACCCAGGCCGCUGCAAUGGCGACUGCCGCUGCAUCCGGUCAGUUCUAUCCCUUACACCAGGACUCUAUGGCGGGUCAAAUGCAGCAGGGGCCUCGCGGCUCUCCGCGUAUGGCAGGCGUGCAAGUCAAGGCCGACGGACGAAAUCCUCGCUCGCCCUCGCAGAUGUCCGGCCAAAUCCCCUCGAUGGGCUCUCAGGUGCCGCUACCACCGAGCGCUCAAAUGCAGCAGCGUCGCAUGAGCCAUGUUAGCAGCCCACAUGUGCAGAAUGCUCAGCCAGUCAUCAAUCACGUUGGUCGACCUUCAGUUGCCCCCCCGAUGCCGCACCCUCAACACCCCGUCCAGCAGACCCAACCCUCGCCGGACAUGGUUGCCGGUGCUGCAGAAGAGUCGCCUCUCUAUGUGAAUGCAAAGCAGUUUCAUCGUAUUCUGAAGCGUCGCGUUGCUCGACAAAAGCUGGAAGAGCAGUUACGGCUUACCUCUAAGGGCCGCAAGCCAUACCUUCACGAAUCGCGCCAUAACCACGCAAUGAGACGUCCACGCGGGCCUGGCGGUCGGUUCCUUACUGCGGAUGAGGUGGCAGCUAUGGAGAAGAAGAACACUGGCACAGAGGGUUCUGGUCAGGAAAACACAGAGAGCACCUCGAAGGCCACUGACCCUCCGUCAGCGCAGAAACGCAAGGCUAGCGAGGUGAACGACGAAAACUCGACCAAAAAAGCUAAGACUGGUGCCCCUAAAGCUAGCGCUCCUGAAGAUGACAGCGAACAAGAAUCUGGUCUGCCUUCUGAUGAGGAUGGUUGAAUGAUCUCUUUGCAAACCACCUCCUCCUUUUCUCCCCCCCCCCCAUCAUCUCUUCAAUAUUUUUCAAAGCCCGCCGCAAGCAAUGUGUACACAUUCUGCCACGGGUUCAUUGUUAUUAUGCUUUCUACCCCCUAUUUAUGUCUGUUUAUAUUUGUUAUGCUGGUACGAAGUUCUGAUAUCAUCCCGUCUAUGAUGCUCAGUUUGUGAGGGUUUACAUGUAUGAUGUGAUUAUGUUUUUUAUUUGUUUUCUUUACGUUUCUUGGGAUGGUGAAUGGUCCUGAAAUUUUUGAUGGGUGACAUAUCUAUACCCCUGCUGAUGCUGUGUGCAAACAUUUUAUAACCUGUUCAAAGCUGAAAUACAUAUUUUCCACUGACACCAGGGUUCUCCCAGCACAGACCUUAUCCAAUGUUAUUGCCACUCCGUAUCGUUCCCAUGACUGAUGACUUUCCGUGUCAGCUACUCCUGCAGCCUUUUG